GUAUAUCAAAAAUCAACAUGGCAGCAGCUGCAGCGAAAACAUUACAGAAGAUCUCGAGGAAACUUCUAUUAGCAAAAGUUGGUUCUUCAGGAUCUUCAAUAUGUAAAGCACAUAGUUUGGCAGCUCUGUCUGAGACUCAUGAGAUGCUAAGGAAAACAUGUAGAGACUUUGCUGACAAUGAACUGGCACCAAUUGCAGGACAAUUAGACAAAGAACAUCGAUUUCCAAAAGAACAGGUUAAGAUGAUGGGUGAUCUAGGCCUGAUGGCAAUUCUAGUACCUGAGUCGUAUGGUGGAGCUGGUUUAGAUGCCAUGUCAUAUGCUCUAGCUAUGGAGGAAAUCAGCAGGGGGUGUGCAUCUACAGGAACUAUCUUAAGUGCCCACAUUUCUUUAUAUCUAGCACCAAUUAUGACAUAUGGAAAUGAAGAACAAAAACAAAAAUACGUAACACCUUUUGUUGAUGGAAGUCGUGUCGGUUGCUUUGGUUUAAGUGAGCCAGGUAAUGGCAGCGAUGCAGGUGCAGCUUCCACGACAGCACACCUUGAUGGAGACCAUUGGGUCUUGAAUGGUACGAAAGCAUGGAUCACCAACGGUUUCGAGUCUGAGGCAGCUGUAGUAUUUGCCACAACAGAUAAAAAUUUAAAACACAAGGGUAUUAGUGCUUUCAUCGUUCCAAAGCCUAUUGAAGGAUUAUCGCUAGGCAAGAAGGAGGAUAAACUGGGCAUCCGAGCAACUUCCACAACCUACCUCAUCUUUGAAGAAUGUAGAAUUCCAAAAGAAAACCUUCUAGGGGAACCAGGAUUUGGAUUUAAGAUUGCAAUGACAACUCUUGAUGCAGGUCGGAUAGGAAUUGCUGCGCAAGGAGUAGGCAUUGCACAGGCUGCCCUGGAUUGUGCCCUGGAUUACUCAGCCAAGCGUGAAGCGUUUGGAGCGCCGAUCAACAAGAUGCAAAUGGUGCAGGCCAAGCUCGCCGACAUGGAGGUGAAAGUUCAAAGUUCACGCUUGCUGACCUGGCAAGCUGCAGCAUUCAAGGAUGCAGGACUCAAUUUUACAAAAGAGGCAGCAAUGGCAAAGCUAGCAGCAUCAGAGGCAGCCACAUACAAUGCCCAUCAGGCUAUACAAAUUCUUGGUGGAAUGGGAUACGUAACGGACAUGCCAGCUGAGCGCCACUACCGAGAUGCCCGCAUCACAGAGAUAUAUGAAGGCACGAGCGAGAUCCAACGACUUGUCAUUGCUGGACAACUCUUAAAGGAGUUUGCUCAGAAAGCUUAAUUUAUAUAUACUGUACUGUAAAAAUAUUAAAGCAAUCCCUGAUACAGUACCAUGGUGUAUGUACCAGUAAUUAUAAUUUGGUGGGACACAAUAAUGCAUUAGCUGAUGGCAGGAGUUAUGGUGGGCG